CAGACGGGCAGUUCUCUAGUUUCAUGACGGCCGCCUCAUGUGUGGCACACCUGAACCGUGACUCACUUGGUUAACACCAAGAACAAUGAACCAGUCUGAAUUGACAAUGGAUCCGAUGGUCUCUUCCAACAGCAGCCAAAGAGAUUUAUUUCCUGACAGGGUGUCCAACCACUCUUGUCCCUUGGGCUGGGGCUUGAAGGAAGGCCUAGAUGCUUGCGUUUUGGAGACUGCUGUCAUUGUUCUUCUGACAGUGCUCAUUAUUACAGGAAACCUUACUGUGAUAUUUGUUUUUCACUGUGCCCCCUUACUGCACCACUACACCACCAGCUAUUUCAUCCAGACCAUGGCCUAUGCUGACCUGCUGGUUGGUCUAAGUUGUCUAGUGCCCACCUUGUCUUUGCUCCACUAUCCAGCAAGUGUCCAGGAACCAAUUACAUGCCAGGUUUUCAGCUAUGUUAUCUCCGUUCUGAAGAGCGUGUCAAUGGCCUGCUUGGCCUGUAUCAGUGUGGACCGCUACUUGGCUAUAACUAAACCAUUAUCGUACAACCAGCUGGUGACACCAUGCCGACUACGAGGCUGCAUUGCCCUCAUCUGGAUUUACUCAAGUCUGGUUUUCUUGCCUUCCUUCUUUGGUUGGGGCAAGCCAGGCUAUCACGGGGAUAUUUUUGAAUGGUGUGCUCACUCUUGGCCCACCUCUGCCCUCUUUACAGGUUUUGUGGUGUGCUUUUUUUAUGCUCCUGCUGCGCUUGUGGUCUGUUUUACCUAUUAUCACAUCUUUCGUAUAUGCCAGCAGCACAACAGGGAGAUCAGUGAACGGCGAGCACGCUUCCCCAGCCAAGAGAUGGAGACGGGUGAUGGAAAUGGCGGUGGACAACAUGGUGGGCACGGACCAGAUCGGCGAUAUGCCAUGGUGCUCUUCCGAAUCACAAGUGUUUUUUAUAUGCUUUGGCUACCCUACAUAAUCUACUUUCUUCUAGAGAGCUCCCAUGUCCUCAAUAGUCCCGCCCUGUCCUUCAUUACCACAUGGCUGGCAAUUAGCAACAGCUUCUGCAACUGUGUCAUCUACAGCCUGUCAAAUAGCGUUUUCCGCCUGGGUAUGCGCAGACUGUCACAGACCAUGUGCUCAUUCAGCCAUUGUGCUGCGGACGAAAGAGAUUUUGGGGAACCGAAACCAAGAAAGAGAGCUAACUCGUGCUCUAUCUGAAGGAGCAGCUUACAAGUGUGAAAAUGAAAGGUUAAGCACCUUGUACAAGUCCAGCUAACUUGAUACAGCUGAAAAGGCUAUUCUGGUGGUGUCAGUGAUGUUAUCUUACAAGGAAUAAGCUCAAAUGUGGGUUUGCAGGGAGACGGGAAGUGUCUAGACGGAGAAAUCGAAUGAAAAAUUGGCUUACUCUGAUUAAAUUUCAUUCCACAGUAACGCAGCUUUGUCAGCAUUCUGUGGGAUGUUUGAUGUCAGGUCAGAGUUGGUGUAAAGAUAAAUCCCAAAAGAUUCUAAAACUGUCAGAAAUCCAACGUCAUACUUUUUUUUUUUACAUCUUGUAUGAAUUUGAUCAACCAUUCCCUUGAUGUCUCUAUAUUUUCCAACUGCUGUCACUCAUUCAAAAAAUAUUCAUAUAAAUGAUCCCAACAACCAGUUUUAGGUUGUCAAAUGAUUUUAGAUAUUUAACAGAUACAUAUAGAGAUGUGACCAUGACAGAAGCUGCUAAGUGUCAAAUUGUAAAUGGCCAUGACUGUUUUUUGAGGAAAAUCUGCAUUUUCUCAAUUUUUUUCUUGCAGAAGAAAAAAGUAUUUUACUGAUGUCAAGUGGUCUGUCUUUAAAAAAAACUGUUGAUCUGACUACAAAAAAAUUAAGUUGAGAUGUUAACCAAACCAGUUGUUGAAUGGACUCUUGCUGACAGCUUCUCCUUUCCAAACUGAAGACUAAUGAUCAAGGCUAAUUGUUAUAUAAUCUCUUAGAACUAACAAAGGGAAUCAUGUCUGCGUUGCACCUUUGAGGUUUUAGAUACAUUAAUAGAUAUCUUGAGUAAAAUAUUAAUGCAAGAGUGACAGUGAUCAAGUUUUUGGGUGCUUUGGGUUAUUGAAGUUAAAAACAACAAUGGAUUUUUUUUCCCCAGCAGUGCAGGACUGAGAUUAUUGUAAUCUGAUGUAGUUUGACGCUGCUGAGGAUAAAGCCCAUCAGAUCUGAAAUUACAUGCUUGGUUGUGUAAAUGUUUAAGCCUUUCUGAAGCUUAUCUUGGUUUGUUAAAGUGUGCAGAAGAAGGUUUUUUUUAACGUAUUGAUUUUUUUUCCUGCCACUACCCGUUUACUUUGAUAAACAGGUUUUAGCUCCAAAACUAGAAUAAAAUGUCCAGGGGGUGCACAUGCUUUACAGACAGCCUUUAGAGGACAAAUCUCAUCUGUUCUCAUGUCUUUUGUGUCAAGUGACAAAU